GAAAACGAACAGUUAUGCCUUGCUCCUCCACAUGAUCCAACAGCAAGUUGAAAGCCUGUAAGAUUACAAUAACGAGUUGCACUGCAGGUGAAACGGGACUUUUUCUUGGAGCUGCAAAAGUAGCUCCACAACACGUUUUGCUUCUGCUCUUCCUAGCUGGGUUCAUAAAUGGAGAACGAGCAGCCUGGAAUAGUGUCCCCUUUCAAACGCGUCUUCCUGAAAGGUGAAAAGGGUCGGGAUAAAAAGGCCCAGGAAAAGGUUACGGAAAGACGACCUCUUCAUACAGUACUGCUGUCCUUGCCUGAUCGAGUUGAACCAGACAUAUUGUUGAAUGACUACAUUGAAAAGGAAGUCAAGUAUUUAGGCCAACUAACAUCCAUCCCAGGGUACCUGAAUCCCUCCAGUCGUACUGAAAUAUUGCAUUUAAUAGACAAUGCAAAGAGGGCACAUCAGCUCCCCGGGCAGCUGACCCAGGAACAUGAUGCUGUGAUUAGUCUGUCUGCCUACAACGUCAAGCUGGUGUGGCGGGAUGGAGAGGAUAUCAUACUCAGGGUCCCCAUCCAUGACAUCGCAUCUGUGUCAUACAUCCGCGAUGACUCCUCACACCUGGUAGUGCUGAAAACAGCUCAGGACCCUGGGAUUUCCCCAAGCCAGAGUCUUUGUGCAGAGAGCUCCAAAGCACUUACUUCAGGCUCGCUGUCCGAGAGUGGCGUGGUACCUGUCGAAGCUUGUUGUUUGGUGGUCCUGGCUACAGAGAACAAAGUAACUGCAGAGGAACUCUGCUCACUUCUCAGCCAAGUCUUCCAGAUCGUUUACACUGAGUCCACAAUAGACUUCUUAGAUAGAGCAAUAUUUGAUGGGGCCUCCACACCAACGCGCCAUAUGUCCCUACACAGUGAUGACUCUUCAACAAAAGUGGACAUUAAAGAAUCUUACGAAACAGAAGCAAGCACUUUCUCCUUUCCGGAAUCUUUGGAUACAGGCGGCAACUCGCCCUCUUCCUUCUCAACGCCUCAGUCGCCCCACGUUAAGACGGUCAGUGAAAGCGAGCUGAGCACCACGGCAACGGAGCUGCUCCAGGACUACAUGAUGACGCUAAGAACCAAACUCUCUUCCCAAGAGAUCCAGCAGUUUGCAAUGCUCCUGCACGAAUAUCGCAAUGGGGCUUCAAUACACGAAUUCUGCAUCAACCUGAGACAGCUCUAUGGGGACAGUAGGAAAUUCCUGUUACUAGGCCUUAGACCGUUCAUUCCUGAAAAGGACAGCCAACACUUUGAGAACUUCCUAGAAACCAUCGGGGUGAAGGAUGGCCGGGGAAUUAUCACAGACAGUUUCGGGAGGUACAGACGGACUCUGAGCACUACCUCCAAUUCAACGACCAAUGGGAAUGGAGCUGCGGGGAGCUCGGAUGACCAGUCUGCCCCUUCCGAGGGAGACGAGUGGGACCGAAUGAUCUCUGACAUAAGCAACGACAUUGAAGCUCUUGGAUGCAGCAUGGACCAGGAUUCAUCAUGAGACACUGCUGUGGGAGGGAGGAUGAGAAGACAGCUCCUUUCAAAGGGGCUGUAUUCUUUCACCCCCAUGUAGCGAUUGCAGCAACGUUUGCUGCUGUCUUCCUGACCUUCCAGUCUGAAAGAGGCUCCAAGGAUGAGCUGGGAUGUGAUUAUUUCCCCCCUUGUCAAUGGCUUCACUGGUGCCCAUUUUGUGAUGGUGGCUGGUGCCCUCUUACUGUGAAGGCAUGUGUGUGUCUUCGUGCAGAUGAGCGUGCUGUGUGAGAGUAACCCGGGUUGAGAGAUGGAACCGGAGUCCCUUCCUCUGACUUCUUAGAACUCUCUUUGGUUUUGUGUUUUCUUUGCUGUCGUCGCUCUGGAGUGAUGCAACGAAGCUGGGGCAAGAAACUUGCAUUGAGCAGUAACAGCUCACUGGGACCCGAUGGCGGGUUUACAGUUUUGCACAUGAUAUUCCUAUUGUAACUCAGACUAUUUUUUUUUAAAUGAAGUUUACCACAAUGUGAAUAAU